AUGGAAGAAGUAAAUAAUACAGCUGUGGCUGAAUUCAUUCUUUCUGGAUUAACUGAGAACCCAAAGCUACAGUUGCCCCUAUUCCUCAUCUUUCUAGGAGUCUAUUUGGUUACAGUUGUGGGAAACAUGGGCAUGAUCAUCUUGAUUUUGUUCAGUUCUCAACUGCACACACCCAUGUAUUAUUUACUCAGCAGUCUGUCCUUUAUUGACUGCUGUCAGUCCACUGUCAUUACUCCCAAAAUGCUGAUGAACUUUGUGACAGAAAAGAAUGUCAUCCCAUACCCAGAAUGCAUAGCUCAAUUUUACUUCUUCUGUGCUUUUGUUGUUGCUGAAUGCCAUAUGUUUGCUGCAAUGGCAUAUGACCGCUAUGUGGCUAUCGCUUAUCCUUUGCUUUACAAUGUAACCAUGUCCUAUCAAGUCUGUUUGUGGAUGAUAGCUGGGGUAUAUGGCAUAGGCUUAGUAAGUGCCACUGCUCACACUGUCUUUCUGCUGAGAGUGAUUUUCUGUAAGACUACUAUAAUAAACCAUUUCUUCUGCGAUCUUUUCCCAUUACUGGAGCUCUCUUGCUCUAGUAUUUUUAUCAAUGAAUUUUUUGCACUGUCCUUCAGUGCAUUUAACAUUAUAGCACCAGUUGUGACCAUCGUUAGUUCUUACAUCUUCAUCAUUUUCAACAUUCUCCGCAUUCAAUCCACUGGGGGCAGAUCCAAGGCCUUCAGUACCUGCAGCUCUCACAUCAUGGCUGUUGCCAUCUUCUUUGGUUCGACAGCUUUCAUGUACCUUCAGCCAUCAUCAGUCAGCUCCCUGGGCCAAGGUAAAUUGUCAUCUGUGUUUUAUACCAUUGUUGUUCCUAUGUUGAAUCCCAUGAUCUACAGCCUGAGAAAUAAAGAUGUCAAAGUUUCCUUUAAAAAGUUACUAAAAAAGAUGUUUCCUCUAAACAAAGACUAAUUUGCUUGAGCAAUAGAAUGCUAAGUUUUCAGUUUGGAAAGAGAAUUCUACAAGCAGCAGUUAAUAACACUAGACAUGGGGUUAUUGCUAACACAUGAUUAUUUAGAAGAAAUGUACCCAAGGCAGAAAUAAAUUCUCACCUUCAUAUCUAUAGAGAGCUGAUAUUCUCUGGCAUAACCAGAGCUCCUUCCCAGAUAGCAAUUAUGUCAUCUCUUGAAAAAUUUCAAAGUUCUUGCUUGUUUUUUUCAUGUUUACAUAUAUGAACCCACUCUGUUUAGGCAAGCCUCACUUAAGUUGGGAAUAAAUGAGUUUAACCAAUAUCUUUUGUUUGUCUUAUUGUUUUGGCUGUAUUCAUCAAUUGCCAUAUAAUUCAAAUGUAAUUUUCUAAGUUGUUUAACUUAAGUAAUUGGAAUAAACAAUAUGUAAUUCUUCAAGUAUAUAGUACUGUAUUAGUUUGUAUGUAAGCAAAAGACAGGUUCUGUCAUAUUUCUACCCACAAGGUAUUUACACUAUCUUAAACUAGAGUGUCAGUGAUACAUAGGAUCAGGUGACAAUGCACUUAUGGUUUCUGUGCCACAUUUUUUACACUAUUGUUUGUCUGCUCAUUUCACUAUAUUCCUCAGUUUUAAUACAGCCCUGCUACAGAUCCUGAGGCAGGGAAAAGGUAUUGGUGCAAUGAAAUGAAGUAGUGUAUGACCACCAGAUGUGAUUCUCACAAGUAGCCACCCUGAAAUAUUUCAAGAUGUCUUUGUUGAUGCUUUAAAAACAAGUAUUUUUUUCAUACUAACAAACACGUUUCCCACCCUCCAACUUUAACCUAGGCAAGAACAAGUAUGUCAAAUGUUUCCCUUUACAUCAAAACAUAUUAAAGUGAAAACAAAGUUUACCAUUUUGUCAGCUUUGCUAAAUAUCAAGCCAGGUACAUCCAGACCUUAUAAAGCUAAAAAGUGAUAAACAUAGGCAUACAUUUUCACAAACAACAUUAUCACUCAGAACUUACCAAAGCAUAUUGACAGAAAUAUGGGUGAUGUACCGUAAGUUGUUUGCACACAGUUAGCUUGCACUUCCUCAAGUGCCCAUUAACUUUAUUGCCCUAUCCUGUCAGCACUGAAUCAGAACAGUUCCCAAUCUGGAGUAACAGUUGGUGUUUCCUAAGAAGCCUCAAUUCCUGAAUAUUUUUAGGGGGAUAUGUUUGAGAAAAAAAUGGGUUUUCCAGGAAUUAUCACAUCUGUUCCAUGUAUGACUGUCAAAGUUAUACUAAAAACUGCCAAGCCAAGUGUAUCAUCAUUAUGAGAAAGAAAAGAAGCCUCUUGGUUCCAGCCGUAUUAUGUGCUCUGCUGAAGUCCAGGGUUCCUUCUGGAGUGAGACUGUCUCCAAUGGGUUUGCCUCAUGGAGAACCAUUGGACAAAUAUUCUUAUACUGAUCUGAAACUAAGUCCCCUGGA